AUUUAAUAAAGUUAAGUGAUUUAUUGAAGCGCGUGCCCGCGUCCGUAGCCAGGACUACUUAGCGGGUACGCGCGCCACCGGAGGGCUCCGGCCAUGGCGGGAGCGCGCACGCCCCGCUGAUUAACAGCACAGCACAACACCGGGGCAAACUGCGGCGCGAAAAGCCAACUAGUGCUGCUGGAUGUUACAUUUGAAACAUGUUUGAAUCCCCGGGGAACUCGAUAAAUGCCCUGCACGCGUGGUCGGAGAGCCGAGAGGAGUUAGAGGAGAAGAAGCAACCGGUGUCCGAGUCUCCUCCGGUUCCAGGAAACCGCGUCAAGGCGAAGAAGAAAAGGAGGAAACAGCAGGAAGAGCAAGAAAGUGAGAAACGCUCCGUCUCAGCGUCUCAGCUCCUCUGCCCCGAGCAAGCACUUUCAGUUCACGGAAGAAACGAAAAGCCCGGUAACGGGAGCGAACCGAUUGUAAGAGGAAUCUUUCAGAUCGGUAAGAAGAGCCACGACGUGAUUCUCACGGCCACGCGGGUCACGUGGACGCGCAUCCAGCCCGAGAGCCCUACAGGUGAGUCCUCACAGAAGAAGACUGUAGAGGACUUUGUGGAGCUGAAGGAUGUAUUCGCAGUGAAGGUGAAGCGACGGCGUUCGGCUGGUCAGCAGAGCGGCGGCACGCUGCUUGGCAUCACGUUGUUCUUCUGCAAACGCAAAGGAGCUAAACUCAAAGAUGACACCAUUCACCUGGACAACCUGAGCGUGGAUCACUGCGAAAUCUGGUUCAGACACCUCAAAGACAUCCUCAAUGGUUUUAAGCAUCGUCCCAAGUCACUGAAGGUCUUUGUGAACCCGAUAAGCCACAAGAAGGAAGCGUACCAAAUCUAUCAGGACCGGGUAGCUCCACUGUUCAAGCUCGCUGACAUACAGACUAAUGUCACUGUCACUGAGAGUAAAGGCCAUGCUCUGUCCAUCUUGAAGGAGUGCAGCCUGGAUGAGUAUGAUGGGGUGGUGUGUGUAGGUGGAGACGGCUCUGUAGCUGAAGUUGCUCAGGGUUUGUUGCUCCGAGCGCAGAUGGAUGCUGAGAGGGACACACACUCCGCCUUUACGCCCGUCCCAGCACCACUUCCUCUAGGUGUGAUACCAGCAGGUUCAGCCAAUGUUGUAGCGUGCUCUGUCCACGGUGUGAAACAUCCUGUAACUGCAGCGCUGCACAUCAUCCUGGGUCACAGACAGCCAGUCGACGUGUGCAGCGUGAGCUCGAUGGGUGGGCUGCUGCGGUUCGGGUUCUGUGUGAUGGUGGGUUUUGGUGGUCAAGCGCUAGCUGUGGCAGAGAGACUGAACUGGGUCCCGCCCACGCAGAGACACGAACUCGCCCUCAUCACUGCACUCGCUCAGCUCAGACCUGAAGACUGUGAGUUGUCCUUUAUACCCAGCAGCAUUGGAGAAUCAGAUCACACCCAGAAUGAGCUGGAGGAGGACCUAAGUGAUGUUGAAGAUGCUGAGUGGCAGGUCCGCAGGGGUCUCUAUCUCAGCAUGACCAUUAUGUCCAUCCCAUGCUUGUGCUCUGUGGCUCCUAAAGGCCUCGCUCCGUUCACCAGGCUGAACAACAACAGCAUGGCGCUCACAGCUGUAGCAAACACUUCCAGGUCAGAGUUCAUCAAGCACCUGAAACGCUACAGCAGCUCUAACAAUCCGUUCAGUUUCUCGUUCGUGGAGGUGCAGCGUGUGCGGGCGGUGAAGCUGCGGCCGUGCUCUCACCGUGACGACGAACAGCGUGAUUCCAAACACACUCCCAUCAUCCCCUCUGAGGGAACUCUAACCUGGAACAUUGACGGAGAGUUGCUGGAGGUGCAAGGGGAAGUGCUCAUCCGGGUUCAUCCUAAACUCCUCACACUGUUCGGCACAGACGUCGAGGAAGCCGAGGAGCCGCCUGUUAACUGCAGCUGCAUUUAAUCAUCUACAUCGGGUUCCAAUCACAGAGUAGCUCCCUAGGUAGGCUGCAUUUCUGGGGAGCAUUCGUGCACCUCUGAGGUAAAAGCUGUCCGUUUAGAGAUUACAUAUUUUGACCAAACUGUCAAAAUACCAUAUUGCCCUUCCACCUGAGGAUGAGGAGAAAGGGAAUCAGAGCGAACAGUUGGAUUUAUAUCUUUUUUUUCUGCUUUAAAUUUCGAAGGAAUUUUUUUUUUAAAAGGAACUAGCUAACGUGAAGCUAUCUUGAUAACCACUGAGUGUAACACGCUAGUUAGACUUAGCCAGCUGUUAUUCAGUGAACAGUAGUGUAGCUGUUAGUUAGUUUAGUUAAUCCAUCCUCAGGUAAGCCGAUAAACUUGUGAGCGAUAGUGAAUAAACAAAUGUGACAAUAUAAACUUCCUUUUGAUUGAAGUGCUGCCCAAAGAGACAGGGACGUCUUUGAAGGUCGUGCCUACUGACGCAGCAGAGAGUGAGACACACAGCGUAGACAGACCGACUCGAGCUCAUCAGUAAAUAGAAAAGUCAUUUACUUUAAAACACACAUUACACACAGUACAGUCCAGUGCAUUAAUAAUAAUACUUAAAUAACAGCAGAGGACAUGCAGGGACAAAUGCCUCUUUACACACACAUACACACACCUUAUUAGCACUUUACACACAAAUCUGCUGCUCUGAAGAAAAAAAAAAGUUACCCAAUUCUAUUCAUUCAUUUAAUAAACACAGUGAUUUGAAACAGAAAU